AUGGCACCAGUCGGUCAAAACCAAGGCUGUGAGAGAAUAUCGUGUUCUGAGAACCACAAAUUUCGAAAGAUCCUUAUGGAAAGGACUCGGAGAGACAGAAUCAACGGUUGUAUUGAACAUCUGAGAGAGUUGUUUCACAAAACAACACGCAUGUCCGACCGGCAGUUUGCUGUACUGGACAAAGCCGAUAUUUUAGACAUGACCGUUGAUUUUUUAAAACAUCGCGCCAAUUACAGCUACGCGCGCGGAUUCUCGCAGUGCCUGCAGGAGACGCUGCGUCACGUGUCACUCCACGCACACCUGACGCCCGACGACAGAGAGGCGAUCAAACGAUUCUACGUGCUGCAGAGGACCAAUCAGAUGCAUUUAAUGGCAUCCACGUCACGUGGAUUAGUGCACAGAUCGUCAAAACGAUCAUCGUCGAGAGUGCCUUUAUGGAGACCUUGGAAGAACAAUUAA